GUUUCCAAUGCUCUUUACUCUCUACUGUCUCUACUUCUUUUUGUUCCUUUUUAUUUAUUUAUUUAUUUAUUUUAUAUAAUAUAAAUUUAUUUCUUAUUUUUCUCAAAAUUUCUUUCAUUUUCAUUUCCAUUGCCUUUUUGUCCUAUAAAAUGGUUCCUCAACACCAUAAACAGCCUCUUCUCCUCUUCUUUUCUCCUUCCUCCUUUAAAUCUUUGUUUUCUCAUUUCUUCGAGCAGGUCGAGGUUCUGUUAGUUUUGUUCUAGGAAAUUUAGACUGUUUUUCUGCUCUGUUUUCCUCUGUUUUUCUCUUACCCUACAGUGGGUUUGUGCUUUUUUAUUUUAUUUUUUACUUCUUUGGGGGGUUUGAUUUUCUGGGCUUUUGUUAUUGAAUCUUUGCUUCUUGGGGGAUUCCAUAACAAAAUCCCAAUAUUUUCCAUUCCCUUGGAAAAAAAAAUAUACACCUUUCACAGCAAAAGUUUUUGAUUUCUGCUGAGAUCUUUUGCAGGAAAACAAAAACUCUGUUUCUCUUCCUUGCUCUGUUUUUUUUUUUUUCUCCUUUUUUUUUCUUGGGAAAAUAUUGAUGAUCAAUAUCCUGUUCUUAAUGUUUGAAAUUCAUGUCUCCAGUAGUCAGUGAAAUCCUCCGUUCAGGGUUUAUGAUAAAUUCCUCACUCAGACGCAGGACCCAUUUAGUUCAAUCUUUCUCUGUUGUGUUCCUUUACUGGUUCUAUGUUUUUUCAUAAGUCAGUUUCAAUCACUCCCUGAAAUAUAUUUACCAUAACCAUAUCAUAUAAUAUAUAUAUUAAUUACAUUAUUAGCUACAGUUUUAUUGGUAUCUGGGACCUGCGUCUUUAUAACUUUCUCUAGAAAAUCUUAAUAUUAUUGGGUUUUCGGAGACUUAUAAUCAGUUUCUUGGGUGUAGAUAUACAUAUAUAUAUAUAUAUAUAUUAUAUGGCCUCUUCUAGUGGUAAUUCCUCAGGUUCCACUCAGCUUCAGAACUCUGGUUCAGAAGAAGACUUGCAGCUUCUGAUGGAUCAGAGAAAAAGGAAAAGAAUGCAAUCGAACCGCGAAUCAGCCCGGCGAUCACGAAUGCGAAAACAGCAACACUUGGAUGAACUGGUGGCCCAAGUUGCACAGCUGAGAAAAGAAAGCAAUCAAAUUAUCACGAGGAUAAACUUCACCACCCGAGACCUUAUGAAGGUUGAAUCUGAAAACUCAGUCCUGCGUGCUCAGAUGGCUGAACUCAGUCAGAGACUCCAAUCUCUUAAUGACAUCUUAAACUAUAUCAACAACAACAACAGCAAUGGAGUCCUUGAAUCUGAUCAUCAUAACCUUCAAAACAAUGCGGAAACUUUGAUGAACCCUUGGAAUUUGCUCUGUUUUAACCAACCCAUCAUGGCCACUGCAGAUAUGCUCCCGUACUAAAAUCAUCAACAUCAUCUUUGUCAUACAGGCUGGCUCAAAAAGCCUUGUGCAGAGAUUGGUCAAUUUCUAUUUGUCUUUGUUGGUUUUAUUGAUGGUGUUUGUUUUAUGGUCUCAACGAGUGGAGAGGAAGAAAACAGGGUGGUUUUUUUUUUGUUUUUUUUUUUUUUGUUCUGAUAGUUAUAUAUAUUAUUAUUAUAAUAUUGGUAACUAGGUCAGAUAAUUUGACUGUGUGAAAAUGGGUUCCGGAAUUAGAAAAAGGGUUUCUCAAAGGACAUUGAGGGACCCAGUAACUGGAUUCUUCUUGUGUAAAUGGGUCCUUCUUCAUGGUGUGGUGGUUAUAUAAUUAUUUCAAUCUUAAUUUUCAUGACCUUUUUGUUUUUA